AAGCAGCCGCCCCCUCGGGCUCGCGCCUGCGCGCUGCGCCGCUCCGCGCUGCGGCGGGGCCGCUCCGUGGUCGUGAGGGGCCUCGGCGAGACGGAAGUUGGCGUCCGCGGCUGCUCUCUGCUUCCGCGCCUCGCUCUACGGCCGGCGGGGGAGGGGGGCGGCAAGAUGGCGGCGGCUGGCCUGUGGCGGCGGCUGUGCCAGGGGUCAGCUUUUCCUGUCAAUUAUGCAAGCAGAAUUAUGGGAAGACAAUGUUUUCUUCCAAACAAUGACUUGAUGGGAGUACGGCUGGCUAGAUCCUAUGUUGAUACUCAGGAGCAUAAGAGUAAUCCUUUGGUAUCUAUUUCAGAUGAGCCAGAAACACUGUACAAGAGAUUAUCCCUUUUAGUUAAAGGCCAUGAUAAAACUGUGUUGGACAGCUAUGAGUAUUUUGCAGUGCUUGCAGCCAAAGAGCUUGGCAUCUCUGUUGAAAAAGUACAUAGACCUCCAAAAAAGAUAGAACGAUUCACACUUUUAAAAUCUGUACACAUUUACAAGAAGCACAGAGUUCAGUAUGAAAUGAGAACACAUUACGUCUGUUUAGAGUUAAAACAUUUAACAGGCAGUACUGCUGCUGUGUAUUUGGAGUAUGUUCAACGAAACUUACCUGAAGGGGUUGCCAUGGAAGUAAAAAAGACUAAGAUAGAGACAAUACCUGAGCACAUUCAGAAACCAGUUUGCGAUACGCUACCUCAAGCAGAAGAAACUCAAGUCAAGUCAUGAACUCAGCAGAUCAGCAGGACCUCUCUGAAAAUAUGAAAAUAUAUGCUCGAAUGAAGAAAAAGGCCUUCCACCAGGAGAAAAGGCAAAAGUAGAAAACUAGGGAAGAGGAAAGACACAAGUAGAUGCUGCACUGGCAAAUGAAAUGAGACAGAAGAAUGAAGACAGUAAGCUCGCAAGGAGAAAUCAAGUUAUGUUUAGAUCAGCACAGGUCUCUGAAACAACAGCAGGAGCUUUUAUAAACCAUGCAUCUCUGGAAGACGUCACGCGGAUAAAAGCACAGUGAGGAAGCUGUGAGUAAGAAACUGUAACAGGAAAAUUGCUGGUUGUCCGUUAUUCUAGCAACUAAAAGCGCCAUUAUAAAUUACAUGAUUUCAUUUCUUCGCAAAUGCAAUACAAGUUCGCUUAGCAAUUUAUUCAGCUUAAAAUUCGCAAUUCACGGGAGCGAUUGCAUUUCAUUUAGAACAAAGUUACUAGAAAAGCUGUGGAGAGACCCCCUCCCCCGCCCCGAGUGCUUGUUCAGACUGUAAAGUGAAGCCAAGACUCGUCUCCCCCUUUCCGUUGCAGAAAGGAGCGGGCCGAGCUGUAACGAAGCCUCCCCGGAGGGCAGGGCCGGACCGGACCGGAGCCGGGGGACCCUCCCGCCCGGCGCCGCUCAAUAUGGCGCACGGCCAAGCCGCCCCCCCGGCACGGGGGCCGCAGGGCGGGUAACAGUCGGGCUCGCGCCGGCGGGGUUGGGGGCGGCGUUAACGUGUGGAAAGGCGGCCCAACGGCCGCACGGCGCGUGCUGGUGAAGGGCGCUGCUGGCUGCGCUCCCGCCGGCAGCUCCGCAGGGACUGGGGUCACAGCUCGCCCGCGGCGGAGAGGUCCCGCCACGGACGAAACGGGGUCUGAGACAAAGCUGCGGGCCGGGGCCCGUCAGGCUGUGGCAGCGCUGCCGUUGCCCCGGGUUUGUGUUCCCCAGACUCCCGUCGAGGAGUAAAGCGCGGCGUUGCCGCGGGUGUAUGCGUCUCUACAAGCUUGUGUCGCCACGCUGAAACGCGAAGCUAAGGACUACCUAAUCCUGCCAGCAGGGGCAGCACGUUACUGAGCUUGUCUGCUAACACACCUGCGGGUGUCUAACAUGGAAGGUAGGCUUUGACAGGCUGCAGAGGUUAAUCUGCUGCUCCCGGGUCCUGCUACCAAACAGAAAAGACUUUAAUUACAUCCUCAUUCUGUUGACUGGUUUAGGAAAAAUCUGUUGCAUCCAACGUCUCUCCAAGUCGGAGACGUUUAAAAAAUAUUUUUUGAUGUUGCUACACGUUCUCUGAGGAAGACUGAUAUAAUUUAAGAAAAAGGAUUAAGAAAAGGAUUACUACCACACCUAGUGCCUACAUGCUCUUCAGUCCCAUGCGGUAUUAAGGUCAGUGCUGUUUUGUCACCUGUACCCAAUCAAUGAGAAGCUGCAAUAUUAAUCUGCUGGGAAGCACAUCUUCUAAGACACAGUUGUGAAUGGCAGUACAAAACUUUAAGUAGCAUGGAAACAGUUUAAUCCUAAGCAAUAAACCCUACCCCAACAUGAUCCUUCUCACACAGUUGUGGGGAGGAGGAGGGAGGAAGGAGUCAGAGCAGAAAGGAGGCAGCGGUACCAGGUCUAUAAUCAGGCUGACACUGAAGUCAGGAGGAAGAAAAAUGGGGACAGUAGAUACUAAGCUACAGGCCCAAAUCUUGCAAGCAGUUAGAAAAACUUCCCCAGUAUUGUUAAAAGAAAUGUGAAUAAAUGACCACAAAAGCAAGUGCUGAGAUUCUUAGCAUCACAAAAGUGCAAGAUUAAUGCAUUUUAAUAAUAUUGAUAAUGUUCACUCCCCUAAAAGCUCCAGGGUUCAGCUUUGAACAUAGACUUCGGCUUCUUCUGUUGCCUCCUAACUGCCAACAUUGUAAAAGUCAAUAAGCAAUAAUUGUUGCAAGACAAAAACAAACCUGCUAGUUGAAGAGAAAACCUCCUUUCUCACACUUCUGACAGAGGUAGGAUUGACUGGCAAUGUUUGUCCUCUUAAAGAGCAUGGUUGCUAACUGCACAAAAAAACUAGUAGUCUGAAAUAGGUUAUUUUUGUCAGUGUUGUUAUACAAUGUAUUGCCUUUCUAGAAGCAUGCUAAGGAAAUGCCUACUGCUGGGCCAUGGCUGAUCACCACUCACAUAUGUCAGUAUAGCUAUUGGGGGGCUACACAGUAAAUCAGGUUAGCAGAGCUGCAGUAAGAGCACACCAGAUUAAGCUCCACACCAGAAAGGGUUGUCUUAAUCUCAGAUAACUUUACUAAUUUUAUUUAAUGGGCAGACCUAGAAACAGUGGUAUUAGCAACACAGAGAAGUUGACAAAGAACUGUGGGCAAAAACUUAAGAUUCUUUCAUAGCUAAAGAAAGUCGAUGUAUCAAGAAAUUUACAUCUUCUAACUCUUCCUGGAGGCUUCUGUUUAACUAAACUGCAGCUCACAUGCUUAUUAGCUUCAGUCAAAUCCAUGGAUAUCCUCAAGUCAAGUUAGACUAGCUAGAAGAUAAAAUUACCAGCUGCUAAAUAAACAUUUCCCCCCAAAGUAUUCCAUGCCUCCAUCAUAUUUGGAAUUAGCUUGCUUUCACUCAGUUUUGGUACUUUUUUCUCCAAGAUACAAACUGAAGUCUAUUCUGCAUAUUUUGCAAGAAGAAGAGGGUCAGUUGAAUGCAGUAUGCUGCAUCAUAAACACUAUUUAUAUACAACCCACUAAUGAUUAAAGCAGUUUCUGCCAAGUCAAAUGGAAACAAUGGUAUCUAUAAAGGAUUUAUAUAUAUAUAUAUAAAAGGAUUUCUAUAAACAUUUUUUAUAAACAUGAAAUGUAUGUUUAUAAACACAAAUUUAUGUUUUCCUUUAAAACAAGGACAUGGGUUUCUUAUUUGGAAUAUUAAAAAGUGGUUUCUGGGUAACUGUGGAUCUUUGUAUACAUUAAACAAUUAAACUUGA